AUCGAACGUCAGGCGCGCCUGAAGCAACUCUUCAAGCGCAUCGACACCUUGGACAGCGGAUACAUUUCGCAGCGCGAGGUGGACACGUACGCGAAAUCUUUGAAGAUGCCGGCAUCGUUCGUGCACGACUUUGUGGCCGAAGGGGAUUCGAACGGGAACGGGUGGAUGAACUUUGAAGAGUUUGCCGCGUACGCGCGCUCCAAAGAUAUCGCUUUGCGCGACGCGUUUGACUCGUUGGAACCGGACGAUAAGGGCGUCAUCACGGGAAAACAACUCAAGAGCGGCUUGCGUGAUUUAGAGUUGCGCUCGGGGCGAUAUAACACGCGUAAAAAACUGCGACAGAAAAAUUUAGACGCCGUGCUGCAGUCCGUGUCGGAUAACGCUUUGCUCAACGCGGAUGAUUUCCGCGAUUUGCUCGUCUUCAUGCCCGUGGACGCGUUUAGAACGGUGCAGCCGUACUACAUGAAGGUUGGUUUAGAUAUUGGACCUCGCCGUCUCGCGAUUCCAGACAAACGUAAAGACGGUUCACCGUGGGGGCACUUUGUCGCCGGCGGCGUCGCCGGCAUCGUCGCCAAGACGAUGUCGUCGCCGCUCAACGUCGUCGCGAUUCGCACCACCGUGGGUGGCGACGGCACCGUCGGAUUAUCGCGAAUGUUUCAAAAGAUCAUGCGCGAGGAAGGAACCAAGGGAUUCUUCAAGGGCAAUUUAGCGAAUUCGGUCUCGAGCGCGCCUGGCAAGGCGUUUGACUUUUUCGCGUACUCGACGUACAAGAAUAUGCUCACUCGAGGCGAGCCGCGCGAGCCGACGAAUGUUGAACGGCUCUUGGCGGGCUCGCUCGCUGGUAUGACGUCGGACACACUGCUAUACCCACUCGAAGUCAUCUCCACGAGACUGUCGAUCAACACAAAGGCGUACGCGAAUUCGCUCGCCGCCGCCGCCGCGGUGGUUCGUCAGACUGGAUUGCGAGGGUUGUACUCUGGCUGGGGGUGUGCGAUGCUCGGAACGAUUCCUUACACCGGUUUGAGUUUCGGCACGUACGACAUUCUUUCAUCAGCGUACAAAAGGGCGACGAAGCAAGAAUCCGCGGGCGCCUUACCGACGCUGCUGUGCGGAGUGACUUCGGGGUUCAUCGCGUCCACGGCGUCCUAUCCGAUUUAUCGCGUCACGGUGAGAAUGCAAACUGGCCUCGCGCCGAGCUCGUCCAUCGCCAAUUGCUUGAAGCUCACGCUGAAGGAAGGAGGUGCCAAGGCGUUGUUCCGCGGUUGGGUACCGAGCUCGUUGAAAAUCGUGCCUCAGGCGGGAUUCUCUUUCCUGACGUACGAG